AAAGUUUGUUUUCUUUAGCUGCUAGAGUUGGAGUGAUUGAGGGGUGUACAAUGGCCACCAGGUGGGGAAUUUGUUCUGCAGGAAAAAUCUGUCACGAUUUUGUAGUAGCUUUACAAACGUUGCCCGCAGAGGAUCACCAGAUUGUGGCUGUUGCGGCAUCGGGCCUCUUGCGUGCCGAGGAGUUUGCCAAGUCCCAUGGUAUCCCAAAGGCAUAUGGAUCCUAUGCAGAGCUGGCAGUGGACCCCACUGUUGAUGUAGUAUAUGUAGGAGUAGUGAAUGCAAAGCAUCAUGAGGUUGGACUUCUGUUUCUGAGAGCUGGAAAAAAUGUCCUUUGUGAGAAACCACUCGCAAUGAAUCUGAAGGAGGUACAAGAACUAAUCUCUGCUGCAAGGGAGAACAAGGUCUUCUUGAUGGAGGCUUUUUGGACUCGCUUCUUUCCAGCCAUUCGUCAAAUGCGCACUUUACUUGCCCAGGAUACAGUGGGUGAUAUUAUAGCUGUGAAUGCCGAGUUUGGAGCAAAUAUUGACUACUCAAGACAGAAGCAUGUGAAAGAGACUGGAUGUUCAAGCCUUCUUGAUAUAGGAUGCUACUGUGUCCAGCUGGCUAGCAUGGUUUUUAAGGGAGAAAAACCACAGCUCAUUCAGGCUACAGGAAUUCUGAAUGAACAAGGUGUGGAUGAAAUGAUGUCAAUAGUUUUAAAAUUUCCAUCCAAGGGUUUGGCAACUUGUUUGUGCACUGGAGUUACUCAGCUGCCCAGCAGAGCAUUGAUAAUUGGUGCAAAGGGAUACAUUGAGCUUCCCUUUACAAUGUGGUGCCCCACUGUACUGGUUGUCAAUGGGCAAGAAACUCAGUAUCCACUUCCUUCUACCUCUCAUCCAUUGAACUACAUCAACAGUGUAGGGUUACGUUAUGAAGCCGAAGAGGUGCGACAGUGUCUUCUGAAAGGAAUGAAAGAGUGCCCUUUGAUGCCCUUGGCUGAGAGUGAGCUCAUAGCAAGCAUCUUGGAUGAGGCGCGGAGACAAGUUGGAGUGGUGUUCCCACAAGAUUCUUAGAUCUCAGGAGAAAAAUGUCUGCUUGGAGCUGUGAACAGAAGAUAAUGUGAAUAUUCAGUACGAGGAGUUUUUGUGUAGACAGUGUUACAAAAUCAAAGGAAGUUUCAACAUUUCUUUUCAUGGUUUAAAAAAUGUUAAAAAAAUAAACUUGUAAAUUUUA